AUUAAUAUUUAUGAAUAUUAAUAUUAAUAUUAUUAACAGUGGCACAGUAUACUCGCGAAUUUUAUAAUACUCCAGUGGCCUAUUGCUUCGUUCCUUUAUGUAGUUGCAUAAUCAUAGGUUUAAAAUAAGUGGGACUGGAUGACGUUCAAGAACUACGUUAAGCAACACGCGUCCAAUUGGACGUGUACUUUGGCUUUUGCUAGUUCGGCGAGUCCUGGAGUAGUUCAAAGGUGGCCUAAUUCGGUUCAUUCGGUUUCGGGAGCAGUUGAUACAUUUACCGCUACUGUGAUAGUUUCUUCCGAUUUCUUUAAGUCACAAUUAAGAGGACCGAAAAACUAUGUUGAGAUUAAACAGACUCCUUGCGCUUUCAGAGGCAUUGGUAAAAUAUGGUGAUGUUCAUGCAAGAUGUCUCGCCACGGCAGCGAAUGCUGCCGUUAAAGGAGACGAAACAAAUCCAGCCUGUAGAGAAAAUAUGUCUUUUACAAUGAAUUUAUUUCGAGGAGUUGCAGAAACAAGCCAAGUUUUUCCAUAUCCUGAUGUGUUAACUGAAGAGCAGAAAGAAACUUUAACAAUGCUUGUUGAUCCCACAACUAAGUUCUUUGAGGAAGUCAAUGAUCCUGCAAAAAAUGAUGCAUUAGAAUCUGUAGAAGAAAAGUCUUUGGAUGGUCUUUGGGAGCUGGGUGCAUUUUCUCUUCAAGUGCCACAAGAUCUUGGAGGUUUGGGGCUGAAUAAUACACAAUAUGCUCGUUUAGUGGAAAUAGUGGGUGCACAUGAUUUGGGUGUUGGCAUAACUCUUGGUGCACAUCAGUCUAUUGGUUUUAAGGGUAUUUUACUUUUUGGAACUCCAGAACAAAAAAAAAAGUACCUUCCUCGAGUUUCUACCGGAAGGGAAUACGCUGCUUUUUGUCUGACAGAACCAUCCUCGGGUAGUGAUGCUGGAUCCAUUAGGUCUCGGGCAGUACUUUCUCCUGAUGGAAAACACUACAUUUUGAAUGGGAGUAAGAUAUGGAUUAGUAAUGGUGGUCUUGCUGAAAUUAUGACAGUUUUUGCUCAAACAACAGUCAAAGAUAAAAAGACAGGACAAGAUCGGGAUAAAGUGACUGGUUUUAUUGUUGAACGAUCUUUUGGUGGAGUGACGAAUGGUCUUCCAGAAAAGAAAAUGGGUAUCAAAGCAUCAAACACAGCAGAAGUGUACUUUGAAGAUGUUAAAAUUCCUAUUGAAAAUGUCUUAGGAGGAGUUGGUAAUGGCUUUAAGGUUGCAAUGAAUAUAUUGAACAAUGGUAGAUUUGGAAUGGCUGCUGCAAUGUCAGGAACAAUGCGUGCUGUUUCAAGGAAAGCCAUUGAGCAUGCUACCACACGUUUGCAGUUUGGACGUAGAAUUGAUUCUUUUGGGGCCAUUCAAGAAAAGCUUGCUCGAAUGGCAUUAUAUCAUUAUGUGACUGAAUCAAUGGCCUACAUGAUAAGCUCCAAUAUGGACAGUGGUUCUUUAGAUUACCAUUUAGAGGCUGCAAUAUCUAAGGUCUUUGCUUCUGAAGCAGCUUGGCAAGUAACUGAUGAAGCCAUACAAGUUUUGGGAGGUAUGGGCUUCAUGAAGGAAACUGGUUUGGAGAGAGUUUUGAGAGAUCUUAGAAUUUUUAGAAUAUUUGAAGGCACCAAUGACAUAUUAAGAUUAUUUGUGGCAUUAACAGGUAUUCAGUAUGCAGGUGUUCACUUAAAGGAACUUCAAAAAGCUUUUAAAAAUCCCACUGCUAAUUUAGGACUAAUCUUUAAAGAGGCAACAAGCCGUGCUAUUCGUUCUGUUGGUCUGGGAAGCACACCAUCAUUGGGUCCUCUAGUACAUCCAAAUUUAUCCAACUCUGCCACGAAGGCUGCAAAGAGCAUUGCAGCAUUUGGUGUAGCUGUGGAGAACACGCUUAUUAAAUAUGGGCGUGGAGUUGUAGAAGAGCAAUUUGUUCUUAACCGGUUAGCUAAUUCUGCAAUAGACAUCUAUGCCAUGAUGGUUGUUUUGUCUCGCGCAUCAAGAUCUUUGAAACUUGGCCUCCCAUCCAGUAAACACGAACAAAUGAUGGUUGAAGUUUGGUGCAAUGAGGCACAUCAUCGUGUGAACCGCAAUCUAGAAACAAUCGCUUCAAGUGAGGGUCUUGAUAACUUCAAGAAUCUAGCUGCAAUUUCUAAGAAUAUUUGUGAAGCAGGUGCGAUCCCUACCAACAAUCCUCUUAAUUUAUAAAAGUGCAGAAAAUCAAUUAAUAAAUUUCACUAGAAACCAAAUGACACAAAUAUAUUACAAGUCUUGAAUUAAAUUUCCAUCAUCUUUUGGCUCUAGUAAUAUGCUGUUGUGGGAAAUUUGUUAACAAAUUUUGAAAGCACAAAUAUGGGCAGGUACCAAGGUGUGUUGUAUUUAAAUUUCCUGUUACUAUUUAUAAUCUUUCUUUUUUAUGUUUCCCUAUUUUGAGAUUUUUAAUUUAUUAAUCAGUAUUCCUUUCUGUGAAUUAUUUUUUAUAAAAGAGGUGAAACCCAAUGUUUCUGCAGCAGUACUGAAAUAUAUUGCACCUUCUUAAUGUGUGUUUAAAAUGUAUUUCUAUUUUCAUACUGAAGAUAUAUAAAUAAAUAUUUCACCCUGUAAUUUAUGUAAAGAAUGUAAAUAUUAUAAGCAUAUUUUUUCUGAGUGUAGUGUCUCCUUUAGCCCUUUCUUUCAUUUUCAUAAAAAUCAUCGUCUCUUUUAAAAAAUAAAAAACACAUUGAGAAAUUUGUUGAAUACUUAGAUUAGAUGCAUUUUAACUGAGAUUUAACGAGAACUUCUUCGGUAUUUUACCAUGUAAGAAAGCAUCUUUUCCCUAGAAUUUCUUUCCAUGUUAAGUUUCAUGUCUCACACCAAAACUAAUGUACAGCAUUGUGGCCAGUGAACCUGAAAUCCUUGAAAACCAGGAAAAAAUGGGAAUUUCAAGAAGUCUGGAAGAAAUGGGGGGGGGAGAACUGGAUUUUAUUCUCACACAGGGUUAUUUUUGCAGACUUUUGCCAACUUUCACAUAUUGAAUGUAUAUCUCGCCAUAUUAAUAAGGCCUAUUAUUAUUAUUAUUAUUAUUAUUAUUAUUAUUAUUAUUAUUACUAUUAUUAUUAUCUUAUUCAGUAAUGCACAAUUCAAUUUAGUACAUCAUUAGUAUUAAGUAGUUAGCAAGUAUUAAAAAUAGGGAAUGUAAGAAAAGUCAUGUUUUCUUUGGAAUACUUGGUCAUUCCUCCUCUCUUAGGUCAGAACUUCAUUACAUGGGUAGGUACCAGUAGUGGGUCCUUGGGGUUGGCACUGCCUGAUGAAUAUGUAUUUGUUUAAUUCAUUUCAUAAUUAAAAAAAAGACUUAUUUCAAUAUGGUGUAAGAAGUAUUCUUCCGGAGAUAUAUUAUGAACAUUUCAUUAUUGUGACACAAACCAUUUUUCCAUUUCAAA